AUGGUGUGUGGAAAGGUCAACAAAAGACAGACAGGCGUAACAACCAGGAGUAGAUCUCAGCGGCAAGUUGCCCUCAACUCCGCCAGACCUUCAUCCUCAAGAACCAACCACUCAAAGACAAAAGGAAUAUCUAAAAAAUCGACCUCUCAAGGGGAUAGAAAUCUGCCUCAGGAGAAUAGAGAUUCUACAUCUGAACCAAGCUCAGAGGUCGAAGGAGCGUCAUCUGAAGUAGACUCGGAGGCAGAAGGAGCACCAGGUUCAUCGUCAAGAAAGGAAGUAGUUCCUAUCAAAACUAAAGGAUCUAAAUCAUCAUCAUCAAUCCCGACAUCGAAACCUCUUUUGGCAUCAACAAAGUUAACUAGAAGAACAGCAGCGAUUACAACAUCAGCACCAGCAUCUUCAGGGUCUACAACUACAAAAGAAAAGGAGCAAGGAAAGGGGAAAGAGCCGGCACAGAUAUCUUCUGAUGAAGAAAGCACCUCUAGUAGCAGUGAUGAUGAUGCUAAUGAUGGUGGUGCUAAAGAAAACGAGUCUGAAGAAGGAGCGGGUCAUCAAUUGAGGUUGCGACCAACUCUGCGCAUUGUCUCCAAAGCAACAGUCACAAAGACCUGGAAGCCUAUCAAUAUUAAAACACGAACACAUGUUCAAUCCAUGAUCGCCAGUCUCUUUCCUGCUGCAAUAUCACAAGCGCGAGGAGAAAAACGAAAAAUCGCCACUCAGACGGCGUUGAAUCGCCUGAUGCAAAAGAUGAAUGACCGUCUGAGUGAAUUGAAUGUGCCUCCGCCAAGAAAAGAUCGACCCAACUAUCCGCAGCUCGCUGCCCAAAAUAGACAACUGGAAGCCAUGCUCGUAUCUGAUCUUGAGCAGAUACGAGAUUUAGAGCUGCGACUCGAGCAAGAGCAAAUUCUGGAAAAGAGGGAGGAGCAAGAAUUAGAGAAUUUUCAAGAACAGAAACGCAUGUUGGAUUCACACAACGCAGAUCUUCAGCGACACAAGUUGCACUUCCUGCUGCACGAGGGAUCGCAUCGAGGGAUUUCCAAAGAGACAUUAGCGACAUUAAGUUCCUCAACAGAAGACAGAGUUUACAACCAUCUUUCAGCAGCGGACCAAAGGUUAAUGGCUCUAAUGCCUCUCGCACGGGACGAAGAUUUUUCAGAAGCAGAGCUUCGUGACCAAACAUACAAUCCGGAUCAAGAUCCAAAGAUAAACAGAGUGUCCAAACGCCUUGGCACUCGACUAUCAGCUAUUGAGCGUAAUGGAGAAAGACUCGAUCCUUUACUACAGCUCCUUGCUGAGGCCCAAAGCAAGGUUCGUGGACUAUCCUCUUUAACAUCCAAUCAAGUUACUUCUAGUAUCAGCAGCAGGAACAAGAGCCAUUCGAUGAGCCUUUUCUAACGCAGGCUUUUAAAAGGAAG